CUUAAAUAGUUUCACUCAUGCAAGGUGUACAAGAUAAGAACAGCCAUGCCAUUCCCCCUACUCGAGUUUCCCAACGAACUUCUAUACAAGAUAUUCAGAGAACACUUUGACGAUGACCAAGUUCCAGAGCUGUUCACGAUUUCUCUUACGUGCAGACGCCUGCACGAUAUUUGUCUCACGCAUUAUCUGUCUCGCUUUGGGAUCAGUCAUCCUACAGAAACAUGUAGAUUUACCCUUCGAAACUUCACAGAGUCGCGUCCAGAUGCGAUAUCUGGUCUUCGGGUCGCACUGUUUGUGCAAUCGAUCCACCAUCUCUUCUGCACAUUCGACGAUGCGCUUCUGGAAAGUGAAGCGCCUUCCCCGGCUGCUAUCAUUACAACCGUCAGACGGCUGCAGAGUCUUCUCCUGAAGCUCAAGUCUGUCAAUAAGAUAACGUUGAGGUUUCGCGGCAGGGACUGGAACAAUGGUAGUGUUAACGUUACAGAUACAUUGCUAACUUUAUGGUCAUCUGCCAUUGGCGAUCUCCUCAAUCUGGCGCUCGAAAAAUCGUGCACAUCUCUGUGUAUGAUAGACGGUAAAGUAAUGAACUACGCCUAUCAAUUCUCUCGCGCAGGACGAGGCUACCCAUCGAAUGUCCUGACCACCAGGCGAACGGCUGUCCGGGGGCCAGAUUGGACGUUUCGGCGCGUCAAGCAGGGUACGUCGACUAUCCUCGUUGACGAAGCCACCAUUCCUAAUGGUUUACACACCUUGGACAUCCAAUCCUCGAUGCUUUUACUCCCUCCACUUUCCAACUGGGCGCUCUCCGUUCUGACUGUCAUUACUUCUUUGACUAUCUCCCAUAUCAGACUUGCUGGACAUAUGUGGACCGCGCUGCUUCCCACAGUCGCUCAGUACGCGUCGGGUAUCCAAGAGCUGCGUGUCGCUGGGUGCCCAGAUAUCGUCAUUGAUGAUCUCGUCGCGUUUCUCGCACUAUUACCCGAGUUAAAGACACUCGUGCUGUCUGAUGAGGAGCAGUACAUACCUGGGCCAUCUGCGCCUGUUCCGAAAUUGACGGAGUUGGAGUGCAUCCAGGCUCCGUGGAGGAUUCUCCUACACAUUGUGCAAGGGUCUCUACCAAGUUUGAAGGAGGUGCGGACGUUCCCCAGAUGCACACCAAGAAGAGGAUUGGAUUGGGAGGGGACGGGUGCGGUGUUGAGGGUGAUGAGAGAGUGUUUCAGAGAGCAGGAAAUCAGGCCCGUGGUGAUCAUACGGGUUCGGGUUGAUAAGGGAUGGCUGUCAAGAGUCGAGACUAGGCCAUCGAAUGGCGUACGAUUGACGCUGAGACUUGUGAAGGUGGUGGAAAUGGAGCUGCUGGAAGUGAAGGUUGGUGUUGGAGUCCUAGCGGCAUGGCUUGGAAGUGCUUUUGACGCAGUCAGAGAAAUCAGAAUAUUUGGAAUGGUACAAACAUGUUGUGGAAACACAGAGGACAUUGAGGAAGCGGUGAGGAAAGAGGUUAAGCUGGUUGGGAGGAUAGUCGUGGAAGAACAAGCAGACCACUAGUGUAUAUAUGGCAAAGUUUUUAUUCAGGGAUAUCCUUUUG